CAGCGCCAACCCAGAACCUGGAAAGCAACUUGGCCACGGCCAAUGAGAAAUAAUUCCGCUCGUUGGCUAACCGAAUUCUGCCGGCAUCCACCGCAGAGCGUUGGAGGGACGCCCGCCGCUCCGCUUCCUUAGCCGAGACCGUGGGGCUCAGACUAGGUCCCGGCCUUGUGCGCAAAGGGACACGGACGACACGCUCUCUCGUGUCCAGGCAGCCCAGCUCGCGCGCCCACCCUCCCACGUGUAGCGCUCUCCAGCUUGCAGCAUGACCCUGUGGAACGGCGUCCUGCCUUUUUACCCCCAGCCCCGGCAUGCCGCAGGCUUCAGCGUCCCGCUGCUCAUCGUCAUUCUAGUGUUUUUGGCCUUGGCAGCCUCCUUCCUGCUCAUCUUGCCUGGGAUCCGUGGUCACUCGCGCUGGUUCUGGUUGGUGAGAGUUCUUCUCAGUCUGUUCAUAGGUGCAGAAAUUGUGGCCGUGCACUUCAGCUCAGAGUGGUUCGUGGGUAGAGUGAACACCAGCACAUCCUACAAAGCCUUCAGUGCAGCGCGCGUUACAGCUAAUGUCGGCCUGCUGGUGGGCCUGCAGGGCAUUAAUAUUACACUCACAGGGACCCCGGUGCAGCAGCUGAACGAGACCAUUGACUACAACGAGCAGUUCACCUGGCGUCUGCAUGAGGACUACGACGCGGAGUACGCGGACGCACUGGAGAAGGGGCUUCCGGAUCCAGUGCUCUACCUAGCGGAGAAGUUCACACCGAGCAGCCCUUGCGGGUUGUACCACCAGUACCACCUGGCGGGACACUACGCCUCGGCCACGCUGUGGGUGGCGUUCUGCUUCUGGAUCCUCUCCAACGUGCUGCUCUCCACACCCGCCCCGCUCUACGGCGGCCUGGCGCUCCUGACCACAGGCGCCUUCGCGCUCUUCGCGCUCUUCGCCUUCGCCUCCAUCUCCAGCGUGCCACUCUGCCCGCUCCACCUCGGUUCCUCGGCGCUCACCCCUCACUACGGCGCCGCCUUUUGGGUCACGCUGGCAACAGGCAUCCUGUGCCUGCUGCUCGGAGCGGCGGUGGUGUGUCUCCACUACGCCCGGCCCAGCGCUCUUCGCACCCUUCUGGACCAAAGUGCCGAGGACAGCAGGAACCAGGCGAAAGGUGGCGCGCCUCUCAUUCUCAACAACCCGCUGUACAAGCAGGCCGGGUGCUCGGACUUAAGCACCACCACUAACCUGUGAACGGGACCCGAUCCGGACUC